UUCUCUUUCUCUCUCCCUCUCCUCAUUCCUUUUUUAUUUCCUCUCUCCUCUCUUUCUCUUUCUUUCUUUCUAUCUAUCUAUCCUGUAAACUAUUGAAUCGGAAAUAAAUCCACUCCUCCACUCUUCUCCUUUGUCUUCAUGUCUCUUCGUGCCCUCUCCACUAUCUCAAGACCAUUCCUGCUGAAUUCUUUCAAGAACACUCUCAAGCCUCAACAGCCCAAGAUUCUUUCUUCCAUGCUUUACAGGAACUACACUAGCGCUGCUGCCCCUAAUUACCCAGGACUAGGUCAGCCUGAUAUGACCAAGGGUCCUCUCUACCGCUAUGAUACUGCCCUCCCAAAGCUCCCUGUCCCUACCCUGGAGGAGACUUGCGCUCGCUACCUCAAAUCGGUUCGCCCUCUUCUGAAUGACAAGGAGUUUGCAGAGACAUCUGCUGCCGUCGCAGAGUUCCAGAAGCCUGGCGGUGUCGGUGAGGAGCUUCAGAAGCGUUUGCUCGCCAAGGCCAAUGAUCCCAAGACUGUCAAUUGGUUGGAGGACUGGUGGAAUGAUCUGGCCUACUUUGGAUAUCGUGACCCAGUGGUAGUCUAUGUGUCCUACUUCUAUGCUUACAAAGAUGAUCAUCUUCGCAAGAAGCCCACACAACGUGCUGCAGCAAUCAUCCAAGCAGCCAUGGAUUUCCGUCGCCAGGUUGUGGAUGAGACCCUUCCACCUGAGAUGGCCAAGAAGAGCCCUCUCGAUUCAUCUACAUACAAGUAUAUGUUCAAUGCUUGCAGAUAUCCCGCCAAGCCCAGUGAUUUCGAAUUGGCAUUUGAUCCUUCCAAAAACAACCACGUCGCUGUUGUCCGUCACAACCAAUUCUUUGUCUUUGAUCUGAUCAAGGACGGCAAAGUCUUGAGCACCGCUGAUAUUGAAGCUCAAUUGGAUACCAUUGUCAAGAUGGCUGGUGACCGUAAGGACCCUGCUAUUGGAGCCUUGACUUCUGAUAACCGUGAUAUUUGGACUGAGGCCCGCAAGGCACUUAUCAAUGCCGGCUCACAGAACGAAGAGCUCCUUCGCAAGAUUGAGUCCUCAGUCUUCCUCCUCUGUUUGGAUGAUUCCAGCCCUGUGACUCGUGAUGAGGUCUCACGUGCCUGCUGGCACGGAGAUGGCCGUAACCGCUUCUUUGACAAGUCUCUCCAGUUCAUUGUCUUUGAAAACGGCAAGGCUGGCUUCCUGGGCGAGCACUCUACCAUGGACGGUACCCCAACCUGCCGUCUAAAUGACUAUGUCUGCACUACAUUGGCUAAGAACAAGAUUGAUCAUGGACCAGCCACUGUCUCAUCCAACUUGGAGCCACCUCAGAAACUCAACUUUGCACUCAAUACUGCUGUUCACAAGGCGAUUGAGACCUCAGAAAAGAAUUUCGAUGAGUUGAUCGGCAAGCACGCUCUUUAUGUCCAGAACUAUGAGGGAUAUGGCAAGGGCUUGAUCAAGAAGUUCAAAUGCUCGCCCGAUGCCUAUGUUCAAAUGAUCAUCCAGCUUGCCUACUAUAAGAUGCAUGGAAUUUCUCGCCCUACAUACGAGUCUGCUCAGGUUCGCAAGUUCCAACACGGCCGUACUGAGACCUGCCGUACUGUCAGCAGUGAAUCCGUUGCCUGGGUCAAGGCUAUGGUGGAUUCUCAGGUCUCUGCUGCCGAGAAGACCGCUUUGUUCAAGAAAGCAUUGGAUUCCCAUGUCAGCUACAUGGCUAACGCUGUUGAGGGUAAGGGUGUUGACCGUCACUUGUUGGGUCUCCGCCUGUCACUCAAGUCUCACGAGACAAAGCCCACGAUCUUCACUCAGGAGGUUUUCAGCCGAUCCAGCCACUGGAACUUGUCAACUUCACAGCUGUCGGGAGAACACUUUGAUGGAUAUGGAUGGGGAGAAGUUGUCCCUGAUGGUUACGGAGUUGCUUACAUGGUCAAUGAAAACAACUUGAGCUUUAACGUUGCAUCGCUCAAAGAGAUGCGUCCUGAGCAUUUGCAUCAUUACUUGAAGGAGGCUGCCACAGAAAUGAGACAGCUCUUUGAACAGACUUUGCUUGAGGCACCCAAGUCAAAGUUGUAA